AUGCAUCUAAAUUAUGCUAUUGGAAAAAGAUGCUUUAAUCUUUUGAUGAAAAAAUCCAACCACAUGUACCCCUUAGAUGAUUCAUUGAAGUCUGCAUUAUCAUCUUCGUGGUCACCAUGUUUUCUUAGAUUGUUCCCAGCAAUCGAUUACCCAUUUGGGCCGUUCAAGUCUUCCAAGACCAAGGUUCAGACUUUGGGGUCAUGUAAUGGCUUAACUUGUAUGAUUUUCAAUGAGAAAUUCAUUUGUAUUUGGAAUCUAUCUACUAAAGAUCACAAGAAAAUACCGACACUAGCUGUACCAAUCGAACUUUCAAGCACCAGAUCGUCCGUCAGAUAUGGCUUUGGUUAUGGUUGCACCACCAAAGAUUACAAGUUGUUAAAAAUUGUGGGCUUCUCUGAAUAUGAUGAUAACGGUACCUAUAGUCGUGAUGGUUUUAAAGUCGACAUCUAUUCAUUACGGUCAAAUUCAUGGAGGAGCAUAACUAACACCCCAUAUUAUGUCAAAAACAUAGUUUCCCAUGAACGAGGAAUCGCUGGAUUGUUGGUUAACGGAGCUCUUCAUUGGAUAGUUUAUUUGGAAAUGGAGAACCGACAUGUUAUAGCAUCAUUUGACAUUGAUGAUGAGACAUUCACUGAAUUGCCGAAACCAAAGCAUUUUGUGGAAGAUGAGUUCCGUACAACAAAAGUGGGUUUGCUGGGAGGAUACCUUUGCUUAUUGGUUGGCAAGUGUUUCAGUGAAGGCGGUGGUGGUGAUAUAUGGGUCAUGAAGAAUUAUGAGGUAAUAGAGUCGUGGACUCUGUUAUUCACCAUUUGUGCCCAACAAGUACCUAUUUUUCAACAUUUUAGUAGCUUCAGGCCGAUAAAGUGUUUCAAGCAUGCAAUUCUAUUUCAACAAAACGAUAAUAUACUGGUUUCAUAUGACCUGAAUCGUAAAAGAGCUAGAACAAUAAAAGUCCAAGGUUCUAGGGGUAAAUUUUCGACCGAGAUUUAUGUGGGAAGUUUGGUGUCACCUAGUUCUUUUACUCUCAUGAGCUGUUGA